AUGAUCAAUACAGAAGCCGAAGCCGAGGUUAUGACAGACGAAGGUAUCGAUCUAGAUCAAGGUCAAGGUCACGUUCUCGUUCACGCUCAAAAAGGUCAAAUUACUGGGGCAAGUCCUGCAAUUCAUGGAGUGUUCACAAAUAUGUUUCCCACGGCUACAAGUCAUUUACAGCAAUUUACUACUCUCUCUGUCUUGCCAGUUCAGGCUAUGACACAACAGGUUACACGACAUGCUAGCAGGUGUAUGUUGGGAGCCUCUCUCCUACAGCUAAUGAGCAGUCAGUUUCAACUUUCUUCAGUCAGGUUAUGGCUACAAUCGGAGGAAACACUUCUGGUCCAGGUGAUGCCGUUGUGA